CGAAUGGCAUGCGUGGAAACCCUUUCGGUGUGAUCCGCAUUUGUUCAUUCGUUUUCUCUUCCUUAAUCAUCAGUCGCUACUUGUCGGUGCAGAACGGUUAUAAUUUUCUUGUAACGUUUAGUUUUAUGGUGCGAAAUAGUGUGCGUGAAUGAUGCCUGCACUACAAAAGUGUCCGGUGACAAGGAACGAAUGUAUACAUCCAGGGUAUACAGAAAUUCUUCAGCGACAUUCCAUUAACUCCCUAUUGGAUCAGACGGAAAUACUUUCAGAAGCAGAAGGAGAUACGAUAACGUCGAUAACCGAUCUGCUUGGACUGAAUUCUCCGAGAGGGUUGCUGAAUUUUGGUAAUACGUCUAAUGGAUUGUGCACUCCUCCUGCGACUUCACCGAGUUUUCAGUUCCAUUUUGAUGAGCCGAAUCAUCAGACGCCAACCCCAUUGAACUAUGCAGCAGUUGCUUCUCCAAUGAAGAAACUCCAGAGAAAUGUAUCGCUAGGUAGUGCUGGUUCAUCACCUAGUACACCACCAUCAAGUUAUUUUCCGUCCCAUUCCUUGAGAAGCUCGUCCCUGAGUGACUCAUGUGGUAGCAAUAGCCCAAUACUCGAGUAUUCUAACAUGCGCUGCUCGUCUAAUUCCAGAUCGAAUUCGCCGGAAACAAACGUAAACGGAGUUUCAACCACUGAUAACCUAAGUGAGAUUCUCAAUACAUUGACGUUGAAUGAUAACUUGGCUCGCAACAUUUUGUGCAACAAUAAUACUGACUUAGAUAUAACGAAUCUGCAGAAUUUGCAAGCUAUCCAAGCGCUAAAGUACUUGCAACAACCCCCCGCACUGCUUAGUUCGUUACUACCCACCGCAUAUGCUCAUAACAAUAUGCAGCAAAUGCUCGAUAAAUGGAAUGGUAGUGCAGCAUCACUAUUGAAUUUUGUGCCCGAGAGUCUUCAGUUAGAUAGAGCUGCCCGUUUUCAUCGCUCUGCUGCUUCUCUUUACGAUGCCACCUGUACGUGGAGUGGCAUACUACCGCCUCGCUCAAGCAUUAAGCCAACCGGGUACUCGAGUAAAGUGUUCCUGGGAGGCGUGCCGUGGGACAUUUCAGAGAAUUUGCUCGUGCAGACUUUCAAACAGUUCGGACCAAUUCGCGUCGAAUGGCCAGGGAAAGACAAACAGGCUUCUCAGCCCAAAGGAUACGUCUACAUAAUUUUCGAGUCUGAGAAGAACGUCAAGUCUCUUCUAGCGGCGUGCACCAAUGAUUACGCCAAUAGUGUAAAUUGGUACUAUAAGAUCAGCUCGAAGCGUAUGAAGGCCAAGGAGGUACAAGUCAUUCCCUGGAUCAUUAAUGAUUCUAAUUACACAAAAUCCACCUCGCAAAAAUUGGAUCCCGGCAAAACGGUGUUUGUUGGCGCUUUGCACGGGAUGCUAAAUGCAGAAGGUCUCGCCAAAAUAAUGAAUGAUCUUUUUGAUGGUGUUGUGUAUGCAGGAAUCGAUACGGACAAGUACAAGUACCCAAUUGGUUCUGGACGCGUUACUUUUAACAAUCCGCAUUCAUACAUGAAGGCGGUUGCGGCUGCAUUUAUAGAAAUUAAGACUGCGAAGUUUACAAAGAAAGUACAGGUAGACCCAUACCUGGAAGACUCCCUGUGCUCAAUCUGCGGCGUUCAGCAAGGCCCGUACUUCUGCCGCGACCUGAACUGCUUCCGAUACUUCUGUCGCACCUGCUGGCAGUGGCAACACACCAGCGAGAUCCGCUACCACAAGCCGUUGAUGCGCAACUCAAAAAACAACCCUGUGCUGGGUAUGGGCGGCGCGGGAAGUGGGGCAGCAGGGACGGUGGUUGCCGCGGCAGCGGCGGCCGCUGCGGUCGCCGUCAACACACCUGCCAACUGAGGGCAAAAUGUAACGUUUUUCUAUCCAUUGUUUUUUUGCUAAGGGUUGUUGCGGAUGCACUGGGACGAAGCAAGUGUUAAGAAAUGACAUUAGGUGCAAGAAUUGAGGAGCUCCAGUUGCGAUUGGUAGAUGUCAAGGUAUGUCAUGAAUCACAAGUUAGAGCUCUUCAACACUUAGCGCCUGCAAACGCGGCAAUGAUAUGGAAGAGGAUUAACUUAAUAUGUCAGCUUGCCAUUCAUGGGUUAAUAGCGCAUACUGAGGAAUGAUACAUCCCAUAAUCAAAGCUCGUUAAUAGUGAAAGAAGUUAAACUAAGGUUACUUAUUAGGAACAUGUCAUAGAUACGUUUAUUUUCAGUGCAAGUAGUUUUUUUGCAUAACCGUCACUGACGCCUUGACACUGUACCUCUGGAAUACCGAGUUAGCCACGUUAGUACAGAGAUGUAUGGAGGGUCGAGUGCACUUACGAAGGUUGAUACUUCUUGAUGUAGGUAAAUAAAUACUAGCAAAAAUACAACAGGUAGUACCAGUAGGCCGUACUAGUUUAUCUUUCUGUAUUAACGAACUUUGAUGUGAAUUGCCUUGGAACCGUUGAUUUUUCAGGGUAGAUGGAAUGUUACAGCAUGUGGGACUACAUGGAGGGGCAGUGAGUAUUAUCCGAACACUGAUAUAUAGCUGUCCCCCAAUUUACUACGACAUAUAUACCUCCCAUCGCGAUAUUCUCCAAUAUUGCAUCAUUAUCAGACUGUACCUGCCGGUGUCCUAAGCCAUGCGCCAGAAUCUGCCCGGAUUUAGAUUCAGUUAUAAUAUGGCGGACGCUGCAGCAUUCUGAGGAACACUCUCAGUACCGCGGGAAUUUUUUCUCUUACCAUCAGUUCUCUCACCCGCCAUAUCUCAGUGUGCGCUAGCCCUAUAUUCAUUCAUUUUAAAACUAAUAUCUUCUUCCUUUUGUCUCCAACCAUAAUGUUGAAGGCUAACAUGGAAAACGCAUUAUAUGAAUAGGAAAUCUGGAAAAUUAAAGAUGAAGUUUGAUUUCAAAGUUUCUUCACAUACCUUGGAUAACCUAAGAUUGUGAGUGAAUUGGUCUUGAGAUCAUUUGAGGGUUGGGAUUCAAAUGGAAACGUCUUCUUUUAUGUAUCAUUUCAAGCCAUCUUAACAUCUAGCCUGAGAAAAUAUAACGAUUUUGUCUCAAUCUUCAAAAAUAUUCACACUACUCUUCACAAUUCUAUGUGAUUGCAAACUCCUAAUCUCCACUUUAUAGUAUUUGCCUUGUCUCGGUGAAUGAGUAACUCCUUAGACAUUUUCGACACUCCGUCAAAUUGAAAUCAGAUCUUUAUGUUUUGUUACUAAACACUUAUGAUCUAAUUGACGGAAAUCUCGUAACAGUUUAUGAUAUAUUAACAUAACUUUAAAGCCCUUCUUUACUCGGAUUGAAGAUUGGACUACUCGGUUUUAUUAUUUAAAUUUGCUUAUAACACACGUUGGAUGAAACAAUAGGAUUAUUAAACUAUGUUUGAUGCAAACCUUGCCCUGUUUGUAAUACAUUGAAACUAUACAAUAACAAGAUCAACCGAUGAAAAAAUCUUGUACGAGGUAACGAAUGGUCUUGAAGUACCAAGUAUUUUCUCUCUUUUCCUAGUGGUAUUGAUUUUCGGCAAAUAUUUUACCAUUUUCUAUAAUACCCAUUUAAGGAUGAACAUCUGAUAAAAUUGCGAUUUUUCACUAUGAUAAUACAUACUACAAACGUGUUUUUAUUUGCAUAUUUACAUAAACUAUUUGUUAUUACAUAAUUUGUGUUAGUCCUUGUUUAUGGUCUUUUUUUAACUUAAAUGGUCAGCUUUGCUUUACUCAAGAAUUAUAAAGCUGCACAAAAUAGGAAUAUUAAGGUGGCGAGCACCAACCAAGAGAAUUCAGUACUGAAUAAAUUAUUGAAAAUAUAUGGAAUCAGUGAAUUCAAUCUAGGAAUAUAGUAGAACUGUGUAGCCUCAGUGUUGAAAAUAUCAUUUGUAUACAUAACUCCUGAACUCUCUGAUUUUAUCUUGCUUGGUGCUCGCCACCCCCAAGUCGCAGAUCAUUCAAAAUCUAUUUAAGCUUGGUAUUAAAAAAUUGCAUCUUUUGCCUGAAGUCAGUACCUCCAAUUUUUAAAAGAGGCUAUGUUUAAGAUAUUUACUUAUACUUUUUGAACUUUUAUUACGCUUGUACAGCGUAUGUACUUGGUAAUUUUGUAUUGUUAUAGUUUUCACUUUUCUUUAGUGUUAAGUAAGUUAAGGUAUGUUUAUAGAGUUUAUAUAUCUACAGACCUAAAAAUGGGAUUUUUGUGGAUGACAUUGCAAGUCUGAGAACGUUUCCAGCUAUUAAACAAAUACAUAUUUUUUUCUCCGUCAAAAUAAGUAGGUAAAUUUUUUUGCAGUCUCGCUUUACUUGAACUGCCUCAUUACACCACCUCAUCUAAUUUGUGCUUGAUAUCAUACACAAUGCGGUGAUAGAGGUAGCAUCUCGUGAUGAAUGAACAGUUCUUAGCUAACACAUGUCAAGCCGGAGAAAAAUAUAGGAUUAUAAUGUUUUGCUACCAAAACAACAUGCUUAUAUUUUGCUUUCAGAUGACAUACAUAACUGAUUACCUUUUAUUUGGAGAUUAGCCAGAAUAUUCUUGUUUUUAAGAAAUAAAUGUCUAUACACUAAACUAAUAUUCACAUUAAUAUUUUCAGUAAUUGACAAAGUCAAUCGAUUUUUCUUUCUUACAUAUAAUUUAACAGAUAUUAAUCACAAUAUAAAAUAACUAAAAUUUGGAAAUGUUCCUAUAUUAGUAGCAAAAAGAUUUUCAUAUUGCAUUGGCAGUCAUUCUACAAUUUGAGAGGCAAAAAAACAUUUUAUGAGCGAUUGAAGUUGUAGGGACAGGCAUUAUUAUUCCCCAAUAUUUUAUAUUGUCUAAAUCUCAUUAAAAAAUAAUAUAUUUUAGCCGUAACAAAAUAUUUUACUAUGAAAUUGAAGUUGUUAGUGUUUAACAUAAUCUAGUUUUAAGUGUUAAUAGUUGAAAUAUCUUUUAAAAAUUAAUUGUUGCUUAAAUUAAUAUAAAUGAUAUAUAUAUAUAUAUAUACGGGUGGUGUGGGUAGAUACAUACAUAUGUAUUAGUUUUACAGAUUUUAUGAUUGCUUUAUCUUUAUGAUAUUGAUAACGAGACUGUCCUUAUGGUGAUAUUUGGCAAUGAAACGGUUAACGGCCUUCGGAAAGAUUAGCUCAAUGCUGUGUUUAAUUAUAUGUUAUUUAUCAUGUACUUUUAAAACGGUUCAGUAUUAAAAUAAUAUCAUCACGCUUUUCUUUUCAUUACAGCUCUACUGGAGUUUUCCCCGUUUUAAAGCAUGCAGUAUGUGUUUUAUGGUAGUCAGUAUUAGAAGAAUGUCUAAGUGGCCUUUUUGAC